AUGAAGCGACAGGAAAGUAUUUUACCCAGUAAAUCUCGUGUUUAUUGCCAAUGGGAUUCACAUAUGGAGAAGAUUUUAAGUCGGUUGUUACUGGAUCAAAUAGUUCAAGGAAAUAAGGGUGAUGGAGACUGGAAGACGCAAGCAUACCAAGCAGUUGUGAAUCAACUUCGCACUGACUUGGCAAUCAAUGUGACUAGAGAUAAUGUCAAGAACCAACUUCGAGCAUGGACGAAACGCUAUGCAGUGAUAGCUGAUGUUCAAAAGCGAAGCGGAUUGAACUUGUGGGAUGAAGAUAAUAAGAUGAUCGUAGUUACAGCUGGUAAUAUGAGUGAUUGGCUAUCUUACUGCAAUGUAAGAGCUGUGGGAGAUGGGGCAGAGCAUUAUUCAGAGGCAAAUGCAUCCAUGGGUGAUGAAGAUGACAUGGAGGACGCCGGAUCAGCGUAUACUUUUGCCAACUCGAGUGCACAUGACUCAAAAUCUCCAGGGAAGAAGCCUAUUGGUGAAGUUAGUUUAGAAUCGCGAGAGAGAGCUAAGAAGGACAGUCAAGUCGGGGAUGCAUUGUAUAUGGUAGCUAACUCAUUAAGUAGCUACUUGAUAAGUAAGAAGAAGGAAGAAGAACCAAAGUAUACAGGGAAAGAGAUCUAUGAUGUGAUAUGCGAGAUACCGGGGUUGACGCAUAUGGAGGUUGCCAAAGUUGUGAUGAAGUAUCGAUGUGGUGAUCCUGAGCAGUUCAAGUUGCUGCUGAAAAUUCCAAAGGAAGAUAGAAGAAUCUUUGUUGAGUGUAUUCUUGGUGAGCCUUAG